AUGUUAGUGGUUAGUUGUUAGUAAUUACAAAUGCUCCUCCUCAGGGUUUGAACCCUGGACCUCCAUCUCCAACACCUAUUUCUAGGUAAGAUAAAUUUCUGAAAUUAGGAAUAGGAAUUAAUGCUGUGGAGAAUAGAUUAUGUUAAUUAAAAUGAUGAACUUUUGGGUAAGAUGAUGAAUUUCUGAAAUUACGAAUUAGUGAUUUUUUUGGUGGAGGAGAAAAUAUAAUUUUAUAGGUUAGAUGAGUUUUUGGCCCCUCUUAAAUUUAAAAAGUUUUGGUUUUAGUCCUCAACUUAUGCAUCGCCCAUCAUGUUAGCAUGCCACAUAACUUUUGCCUGGACAUGUAAGCAAGUCUCCAUAGCUCAUUCUCAGACGAGGACUAAAACCAAGGUGUUUAUCCAAAUGUAGGGGUGUUUUUGCAACUUUACUCCGUCUAUGGCUUAAAAUAAAUCUGACUCAUUUUACACGGACUAAAAACAUUAUUAACCCAAAAAAAACAUUUAUAGAAUAAUGGAUGAGAUGAAUGAACUUUGUGGUUACCUCCUUAGGCAUCCCCCUAUUUCCAUCGCUCGAGUAUUGAAACUCGACAUUUAUUUUGAUUCAGUUAUCCUAGAGUCGUACUCGUACGGGCUUGAUGAUGGUUCAUCUAUUAUACUUAGUGUGUCUCUAAUUAUAAGAACCUUAAAAACAUAAUCAACCCAAAAAAAUAUUUAUAGAAUAAUGGAUGACCAGAUGAAUGAAGUUUGUGGUUACCUCCUAUGGCAGCCCCCUCAUUUCCAUCACUCGAGCAUUGAAACUAAUUUUGAUGCAAUUCUCCUAGAGUCGUACGGUCUGGAUGAUGGUUCAUCUAUUAUAUUUGUGUGUCUCUAAUUAUAAGACCCUUAAAAACAUAAUCAACCCAAAAAAAUAUUUAUAGAAUAAUGGAUGCUCAGAUGAAUGAACUUUGUGGUUACCUCCUAUGGCAGCCCCCUCAUUUCCAUCACUCGGGCAUUGAAACUCGACAUUAAUUUUGAUUCAAUUCUCCUAGAGUCGUACGGUCUUGAUGAUGGUUCAUCUAUUAUACUGUCUUUCACUAAUUAUAAGACCCUUUAAAGACAUUUUUGGUGUCCCUUAAUACAAAACCCUCUACUAAAUUUCGGAAAAAGAUUAUUAUCCUUUUCCCUAUUAUACUUUUGUUAUUCCAAAAUUUUGAUUACCGCUAGCAAUUAAUUCUUUUCCAUGUUACCUAAUACAUUAAUAUCUGGUAAAUAUAGAAGAUUGUAUGAACUUUUUAAAACCAAUACAUUAAUUAGGCUCAUUACAUCUUUUCUUAAUAAGCAUAAUUGUCUAAAGAGGUUCUUAUAAUUAGGGACAAACACUAAUUUUUUGGGUUUGUCAUUCCAUUGAUGGGUGGAUUCCAUUUUUAUAAAACGGAUUAAAUGGGCCAAUUGAUAAGUGUUUUGGGCCAAUUAAGUUACUUAAGGCCCACGAUCAACCAAAACUAGGGUUCCAUUACAUCAUAUAUAUGGCCAAAAAUCCUCUCCUCUCUUGAACCUGGUUGCGCCGUCUAUCAAGCUCCUCUCUUGAACCUGGUUGCGCCGAGCUCAGUUAUUCAGUUAGAGAGUGAACAUGGACAAAUGCGAGAAAAUCAGCAACAGUUUUGAGGAAGGGUGGCCUUUACUCGAGAAAGCUGUGGACAGCCUCAUUAACCAAAUAGAAGAGGCAGCCAACUUAAGGUUACCAGUUCCAGAUUACAUGUCCUGUUAUACAACUGUUUAUAACAUGUGUACAGGCCAACUGGGUGAUCAGAAUUGCAAGCUGCUCUAUGGCAGAUAUAAGGAGGUCUUUGAGACAUAUAUCAAUUCCACAGUCCUUACAUCUUUGCAAGGAAAGAAAGAUGGACUGUUGUUGAUUGAACUGCUGAGAAAAUGGUCAAAUUACAAACUUAUGACCAAGUGGCUCUCAUUGUCCUUCUGUUAUCUUAACAGAUACUACAUCCCACACAAGAAGCUUACUUCUACUGAAGAAACUAGCUUCUUAAUGUUCUAUGACUUGCUACAUAAGAAGAUCAAUGUACAAGUUGCGGAUGCUGUAACAGCUAUGAUUGAUCAGGGACGUUCUGGAGAGCAGAUUGACCGAACACUGGUUAAUAACACAUUGGCCAUGUACUCGGAGAUUGGAGUUAUCCUAAGAAUAAACAAUGCAAAUGACUUUUUAGAAAGCUUGAUUGGAGAGCGUGUUCAUCGUCUGCCUCACCCUCGAAUUCUGUGCAAGAAAGAGAUAUUCCCUGGCAUUCUAACCCCUUCAUCAAAGAAAAUCAGGUUGGUAAGUUCUGAUGGAGAUGUGUUUGAAGUUGACUAUGGUGUGGGUGUGGGACUCAUGUCAAAAACAAUUGAAGAUGCUAUCAAGACCAACCCUGCCGGUGGCACUGAAAGCAUUCUUGUUUAUCCAGUGAGUAGCAAAAUCUUGACCAAGGUAAUUGAAAUCUGCAAGAAGUACACUGAAGCUUCUGAUUCCAAUAACAAGGAAGGCAUGUCUGGUGUUGAUAUCAAAGACUGGGAUGCUGAAUUUAUUGAUGUUGACAAUAACACUCUAUUGCAUCUUCAUAUUUGUGCAAAAUUCUUGAACAUCAAGAGUCUGCUACACCUGACAAACAAUGCAAUAGCAGACAAGGUGAAAGGGAAGGCUCCAAUGGUAAUUCGCCAGAUGUUUAACAUUAAGGAUAACGUCUAGGACCCAUUUCAAUUGUCUUCUCAUGAGAUUUUCAGCUAAAUUUAAAGCUUUGAGUUUAUUUUAUGUUUAGGGUCUCUAUGGGUUUACUGUUGAAUAAAGUUAUGUUAUGUAAACUUAUACAAUUAUGUUUGAUAGAAUUUAGUUCAAAAGAACUAAUUUGUGUUUGGUAA